GCAGUCGUGGUGCUCGUCGGUGCCGGAGUGGCUGUCGGGAGACGGUGGAUGACUCGGGUGAGGGACCUCUGCGUCUACAACCACACCAACAGUACCACUUCUGUGAUGUCCAAUAUCCAAAAACUUCAACAAAGCAAUCCAAGCGUAUCCGUGGGCCACACACCAAGACCACAAACGAAAAACAGUAUCUACACGUAUACAAGAUUAAAUGAAGGUCAACCUCCCUCCUCUGCACC